CCGGAAGUGACGUUUAGCACUGAAGCGUUCAGUCGUUUUUCACGUUGGCAUGGAUUUGGAGGAGUAAACAGAAGUUCUUUGGGCUGAUUCUGUCCUUGUUUGGUUUUCUACUUCAGUAAAACCUUCUCAGAUCAGUACUCGGGUUAAUUAAGGACUAAUAUGAGUCUUAAAUCUGACAGUCUGAGUCUGAAUGGAGGAGAAGAGCUGCAACACAGCGAGGCUAGCCAACAAUAAGCAGCACAGCUAACUAUAACGGAGCUGCAGGGAGAUGAAAAGAAGCUUUUUUAAUGGAAAUGAAGAAAAAAGUGUCGAAAUUAAGAUUGAGCCCUAAUGAGGAGGCUCGGUUAAUACGAGAGGAACAUGAGAGGAGGAGGAAACUGAGAAUACAGCAGGUGCGGGAGCAGCAGCGGUACAUCGCCCUGCACAUCCGCCAGGAGGUUGAGCAGAGGCGGCAGAAAGAGCUUGAGAAGCUUGGAGAUGAGCUGAAGGCGGACUGGGAGCGACAGCAGAGGGAGAAACUUGACACGCUGCAGAAGUUAUACCAAGAGAGCCUCCAGCUUAUCGGGCAGGGUCACAGGAGUGCUAAAGAAAACGAACCAGACUUAGCAGCCAUUGCCCAGAGAGAGGAGGAAAAUCAGGUCAAAGCAGCGGAGCGUCAUCGAGAAGCCCUGAAGGAGCUUAAAUCACAGAAACUUAAAGACCAUGAGAGGCAAAGCAGGUCACUCAAUGCCAGAAGGAAGGCUCUGCAGGCGGAAAAAGAAAGAUCAGCAAGAGUGGCCAGCCUCCCACCGCCACCACCAAACCCCAUCCAGGACAUCGAUUCCAAGAAGUCUCAUGUUGUGAAGAAAUCUGACUUGAGCGUCUUCGCUGCCACACAUUACCACAUGCCUGAGAGCACAGUGGACAGAGAGGAAGACACAGUGCAGCCUGAUGCCCACGAGGAGGCCGAGCUGGAGGUGAGGAGGCUGGAGGACUUGCAGAGAGAGAAGCAGAGGAGGAGGGAGGAGCAGCUCGAGAGGGCUCGUCUCAGAGGGAGGCAGGCGCUGAGGAGGGAACAUCUAGUGCAGGAUCGUGAGCGCCUGCUGGUUGAGCUGGAGCACAUGCAGCAGACAGACUUGCUGAGGAGGAGACAGCAGGUGGCUCACAUGCCUCCUCAGAUCUUUCAGCCUCUCUACAGGAGGCAGGAGACGAGGGAGGACUUCCAGAGGGAGAUGGAGUUUGCCUUUGAAGACAUGUAUACAGGAGAGAGGAGGGUGAAAGGUGACCUGGUGGUGCAGCUGGUACCGGAGCCUCUGCCAGCUUUGUCCACAGGCAGCCAGGACCAGGAGCUGGACGUCACACAGGAUGACAUCACCACACCAGGAAUAGAAAACGCACAGCGAGAAGCAGAGAGCAACGAGCAAGAAACAUCUUCUCAAGAAGUGCCUUCUAAACCUGCUCCCAGGCGGGCAUUGAAAAAGCUCCUAGAUCGUAUCCGGAGCCAGAGGAACCAGUGGGUAGACCAGAACAGUUGUGUUCCUGCAGCAGAUCCUCCAGCAGUCAUCACUGAUCAGAUCCCAGAGCGAGACACGACCAUAGACACCGGAUCUCUGACCAGUGAGGAGAAAGGCAGCCCGGCGCCCGUGCAGCUCCCUGACCCCGACAGCUCACCAUCAGCAGAAUCAGCUUCAGCAGAUCCUCCACAUCCUGACAGACUUUUCAACAGAAUCCAAAAGUUUGAAGAGGAACGAAAGAAAAGGGAGAAGGAGCUGGAGCGGGAGAAACAGCAGCAGGUGGUUUUGCUGCGGGAGCUGGAGGAGCAAAAAGCCAAACUGGAGCAGAUGCUGCUCGAGGCCCAGCAAGAGAGAGAACAUCUGAAGGCUUCUGUGACCCAGGAAGUACCUGUUAGACCACCAGAAGUACCCGUCCAGGACCAGGAGUUCACCUCUGUCACCCCUGGACAAGUCAGCGAGGUGAUUCCUCCUUCAGGUGAGGAUGGUCACACCAGCAGGAUAAGAGAGUACCAGCAGAGGCUGCUGGAACAAAACAGAAUCCAUCAGAGAUCAGUACAAGUGGCUCGGCAGCGCCUCGAGGAAUACCAGAGAGCUCUACGGAUUCGUUACAACAUGGCCGCUACGUCCUUUCUGCCAGCUGUCCCUCCUCCAGGUCUCAUUCACCCACCUCCACCUUCUCUUCAACUCCCCACAGCUCCUCCAGUCUCCGUAAACAUCCUCCCUGAACCUCAGACCUCUGAGGAAGUCCCCACCAGAGAGUCUGACGUGUUGUCCUCACCUCCUUGUCAUACCGGAUCCAGUUCGAGGGCCGGUUCCAGGUCGCUGUCAGAGGAAGUGGAAUCCAUUUCUCACCGCUCCAGUGAUCAGAGAGAAGAUGUCACAGCCCGGCUGACUGACAGCAUAAUGGAGAGAGUAACGAGGCACCUCACAGAGAGAGAGAAGUCCUCUGCGAUCACCACAGAGCCACAGCCCAACAAACCGUUCACAACACGACUCUCAUCCAGCGCCUCACUCCAGUCAACCUCAAACCAGAGCAUCAGAGAUGAAGUCCCAGUCUGCCCCUCAGAGUCCCCCGGCGUCAGCGUGGACGACAUGGAGAGGCAGAGACGAGAGCUGCAGGAGGUCCAGAGAAGGUUCCUGGAGCACAGGGAGUUCCUGGCUCUGCAGCAGAGACGGCAAGAAGAAAGACAGAGACAGGAAGAGGAGAGGGAGCAGAUGAGGAGACAGAAGGAGGCGCUACAGGCUCUGAUUCAAGCUGAUGCACCGCCGGUUCCAGCAGCUGCCAGUGAAGUGUUGGCUUCAGAGAACAUCAGUCAGACCCGCCUCAGGAUACUGGCCUCUCUGCUGAGAGCGAUAGAGGAGAACAAUGAAGGAACUUUAUCACGCCUGGAAGAAGAUGAGGAGGAGGAAGACAGCUCUGCUCAACAUCAUGAUGGAGAGACAGACUCCAUCCCUCAGAGCGAUAUCCCUGCUGAACCUCUGCUGUCAGUCCUUUCCCCGGUGUUUCUCCCUCCCCCUCGAGCAGCGAAGCCCCCGGUGACCCGCGUCCGUCCGGGCGUCAUGCAGAUGAUGACUGAGCAACAUGAGCUCAGUGCCAUUCAAGAGGUGGAGACACCAGUCAACGUCAGCCUAGUCGCAGGUCCAGAGGAGAGCGUUCCUUUAGACGCUGCAGGCUGGGAGGAGGAGGACUCAGAAUCAUCUCUUGCUUCUGACAGAAGUCUGCAGGCACCCUCUUUGGUCAGCAGAGGGCAGCAGACGUCUGAGAGAUCCAGCAGCCAUCAGGCCUGGAGAGAGAGGCUGCUGACGGGGGCAGGGACUUCUCCUGAGUCCUCAGAGUCUGAUUCAGUCCUCAGGAUGAUUUCACCUCUUUCCUCUGACUCUGGGAGAGGAGCUGACUUCUCUGGUCCUGCAGUCACAAGCUUCAGAUCCCCCACAGAGGCUGCACACAGGCCUCCUGAUUCUGACUGCCUCUCCUCCACCACCAUCUCCACCGGCAGCUACGUCACCACCGAUCCUGAGCUGAACUUCAACACAGAUAAAUCUCCAUCCUUCAAACAUUUUGCACAAAGGGAACAAUCAACAGGUUUACUCGACGUCUCUCCUCCAUCAGUGCAAAGUGUUGUGGACCGCUCAGCUGCAGCCCAUCCUGGACCAGCCGUGGACUCUCUGUUUAAUGACAGCAGCAUCCAGUGCAUUAUCGACAGAUACACACGAGAGCUGAACAUCUCACUCAGCACCACCGGGAAAACCACAGACAGUGAAGGCUCAAGCAUGGAGGACCCGGGCCCUUCUGUUUCUCAGCAGUCUUUGGUCAGUGUCUCAGAGAGGAGCAGGGACACCUGUACACCUGGCUCUUCAGCUCACCAGUCUCCUCCAUCAGACACAGCAGCAGCACAGGGGAGAGGCCUGGAAAGGAACAAUCCAGUCCUGGAGCACUCUGCUCUAGAGGACCCGUCACUGGCAGAGGAGCAGGACUCUUUCAGACCUCUGAUUGGUCAGCUGGCAGACCAGUCGUCCUGUCUCACAGCCGACCACAGGGACUCCACCAUGGAGCAGCUGGUUGGUCAACCAUCUGCUCAGUCGUCCAUGAUCGCUCAGCCUCCGGUGCUCUCGGUGAGCCUCGAUCAGGGCGGCUGGGAUUCCACUCUGAUGAGGAUGAUUGGUCGCCUCUCCUUUCAGUCCAGCUCCCACUGGCUGAGCGGAGGGCAGGACUUCUACGCAGGACAGCUGAUUGGUGGGAUAACUCCAGAGCAGUCGACCACAUGGCUGGACGGAGGCUUGGAGGAGAGCCGGAUGAGACCGCUGGUCGGGGAGCUGGAUGAGUCUGCAGGCCAGCACAGUGGAAGCUCAGGUGAAAAAACUCACGUGGAUCUUGGCGUUUCGACUGAAGCCAGCUUGCCGUCGUACCCACUGUUGCCUCCUGAAGCCUCCUCACACAGUGCCUCAGUCCCUGGCUCAGAGAUGCAUUCACAGGAGCAGACCCUGCAGAGCCAAACCAGUCCAACAGAGCUGGGCCCGGAGCAGACUGAAGUUUCAGUGUUUCAAGACUCUGCAUCAUUUCACCCGUUACUAGCCGAGGAGACUCAUAAUGAAACCGCAGACCCCUCGAUGACCUUUCACCAUCCAGAACACUCUCUGCCUAACUCACCUGAAGGACUCCCAGUGAGCACAGAAAGCAGCGUAUCUGAUCCUUCUGUGGAGUCUGAACCGUCACCUGAGCGCCUCAGAGCAGAGGAGCCAUCCAGCUGUGCAGCUUCAUCAGUGCUACAUGAAUCCUUCUCCCAGCUCCAGCUCCAUGAAUCUGAGCUCAUGGUGUCUCCCACCAUGAGGACAGAUGUGGACGUCACAGCUCUGAGUCUGACACGUUUGAGUAUGUGUGACGGCUCACCCUCUGAGGUGAGGUCACACACGGAGGAAGAGGAAACUGAAACAACCUGCAUUUCUAAAAAGAAUGAAGAUUCGGUCAAAUUCAGUGACGAGUGCAGUGGAGAUCUGGAGUCUGAGCAGGGUUCAAACCAAACAUCUGUCGCUCUCAUGAUAAUGGACGCUGCAAGUCAGAAGGGGAUCCUUGAGCAGUCUGAGAUAACACUGGUGAGUCUGACUGACACUACUCUGCAGGACCAAGAGACCACGCUCACUGAUGAAGAGGAUAUUUGGGAAGAGAAAAACCCAGAUGGGGUGAGAGAGGAAGGACCAAGAGGCCCAGAGAUGGAGGAGUCAGAAUCAAUGUUACUGAAUGAGACUUCAGAGGACAAGAACCAAGAGCAUCCAGGGCUCUUGGAGAUCCAAUGGGGACCCACUGAAAGCCAGCAGGAGGUUUGUCAGCAGAAGUGCAAAGCUCUGCUCCAGAGAUCAUCUCGCAGAGUCGAGGAAAUAAAAGCCAAAGCAGCUCGAGCAAAGAAACAACCGAAGAUCCAAGUGCCUUCUAAAGCCAGGGAGCGGCCUGCAGCUCAGGAACCUCAACAGGUCACCUGCAGGGCGAAGACGAAACCUGAGGGUCUAACUAAGACCAAAAGGAACCCACCUGAGCAGCACAGAGCUGCUGAGACAUCCGGCUUCAACAAUCAGAAAAAGCCUCAGCAUGCAUUCCCAGUGAGUGAAUCCAGACUGACGGAGCUGGAGGUGAAGCUCUGCACUCCAGAGCAGAGAAAGAGAGAUGUUUCUGAAAUGCACCAGAGGACUCAGAGACUGUACGAGCAGCUGGAGGAGGUGAAGCACCAGAAAGCGAUGAGGGGCCGACAGGAUGCCAAUGCAAAAAACCGACUGAAGGCCAAAGAGUUCCACAAGAAAACCUUACAGAAACUUCGAGCCAAGCAGACUCCGCUGUGAUCGACUUUGAAUGUGUUCUUGUUCUACUUCUGUUAAGUUAUUUUGUAGAGUUUUAUCAAUAAAGCAUUUUAAGUUAUUUUUAA